AUGGCCGUCGAUCCCUUUGACUCGGCUCUCGACCUCCUACGCCGUCUCAAUCCCAAGCAGACGACCGACCACCUCAACGCCAUCAUCUCGCUCGCCCCGGACUUGACCGAAGACCUCCUCUCGUCGGUUGAUCAACCCCUCACCAUCCGCCGCUGCAAGCAGACCGGCCGCGAUUACCUGCUCUGCGACUACAACCGCGAUGGCGACAGCUACCGCUCCCCCUGGUCCAACCAGUUCGACCCGCCCCUUGACGAGAGCGGUGCGGGCGGCGGUGCCAUCCCGAGUGAGCGCGUCCGCAAGAUGGAGGUCAAGGCCAACGAGGCAUUCGACCUUUACCGCGAGUUGUACUACGAAGGUGGUGUAAGCAGCGUCUACUUCUGGAACCUCGAUGAUGGAUUCGCAGGUGUGGUGCUUCUGAAGAAAGCUUCACCGCAGGGCGGCAGCACCGAGGGAGUCUGGGACUCUAUCCACGUUUUCGAGGCCAUUGAGCGAGGCCGAAGCACCCACUACAAGCUCACGUCGACCGUGAUCCUGACGCUGGCGACCGCGGGCGGAAACCUCGGUGAGAUGGAUCUGAGCGGCAACAUGACACGCCAGGUGGAGCAGGACCUCCCCGUUGAGAACGACGACAGCCACAUUGCCAACGUGGGGCGGUUGGUAGAGGACAUGGAGCUCAAGAUGCGAAAUCUCUUGCAGGAGGUGUACUUUGGCAAGGCCAAGGAUGUGGUCGGUGACCUGAGGAGCAUCGGAAGUCUGAGCGAGGGCGCACGGGAUCGCGAGGCACAGCGGGAGCUCAUUGGAAGCAUGAGGAAAUGA